AUGUCUCUGCUGCGGUCGACCGGUGAUGGCGCCUUCGUCGCGGAGGUGCGCGCGGCGAUGGAGGACCACGGCCGCCUCGGCGCCGCGCAGACUUCCGCGAUGAUCGAGGCCUACCUCCAAUCGCGGGAGGCCCAGAUGGAGGCCCAACUCCGGCAGGAAAUCGCCGGCGAGGCGGAGAAGGCCCAGCGCGAACGCGAGGGCCACGAUCGGGCCCGGGAAAAGGUCUUGGCUAAGCUUUCGAUGGUUCAACAAACGCUCGCCCAGACGGCCAAUGGGAUGGGCAACUUACGGAAGGUUGGGAUUCUACACUGCUUUUUCCACCGCUGGCUUGAGAUUCGGAGGGAUCGACAAGUCAGGCUCGAACAGCUCGCGCAGUUUCGUUUAUAUUCCUCCCAAUUGGCCGCCUCGCGUUGUUUUCAGCGUUGGCGGUUUUUAGCCCUCCGCCGUCGCGUUCAGCAGCAGCAGGCACGACAAAAGAAGAAGUGGACCACGCACGAGAAGGCGCUCACCCAAAAAAUGGAGGAUCUCACGCGGGAGCUGGAGGCGGAAAAGCACCGAAAUGCGGAAUUAGAUGGCAAACUUCGCGAGUCCUUCCUUCGUGGGGUGAGCGCGUUGAAUCGGGAAGCCUUUCAGGUUCUGCGUGGGGAGAAGAGUGAUCACGAUAUCGCGGUCAUCGAGGAGAUUCUGGGAAAGGAAUUGGGGAAGUCAAGCACCACCAUCGAGGGGCCUCCUCCGGCGACGGUCUCUCCGGUGGAAGGGCCGCGUCGUGCGGAGCGAGGCCCCGCCUCGGGCCCUUCUUUAGCCUCGUCCGGGGUUUGCCCCGUCCACCGGGUGGAUAACGAGCGAAACUUUUAUCAUCGUUGUUAUGCCCCGUCCACCUGUGAGUAUGGUCCUCCAAAGGCAGCAAAUGAUUCCGCCCCGCGGAUGCCUUUUCACGUGCGCAUCGAUAAUACGCAGGUCCCAAGUUAUAAUGCCGGGCCACGUAUCAGAACACUACCUGCAAAAACAUCAGGAAGGAGGUGA